AUGGAUGUUGUCAAGUUGGAUGACUCGCUCAAUGUAGAAAACCCAUUGCCUAAUCAUAACGAGGUAAACAUGAUGAGCGGAAACAUAGGGAGAAAUGUCAAGACAAAUCUUGUAGAUGUAAGAACCCCUUUGAGAAUGGUCUGGAAGGAGAUGAAAAAAAGGGGAUUAAUCGCUGUAGAUUCAGAAAAGAGUUACAAGCAGAAAGGAAACUACUGUGAGUUCGAUCAUGAGACAGGACACGAGAUACAGGAAUGUACAGAAUUCAAAACUGUGGUUCAAGGCAUGAUGGAUAAUAAAGAGGUGGAGUUCUAUGAAGAAGUUCAAGAGGAAAGAAACAUAUGCACAUCAGAAUUAACGGCGGGAGUUCCAAAGACUAAUUAUCCUGUGGUCAUCAUUUCGCGACCUAAGUAUAAUGAAGCUAGAGUUCAGGUGCCACCCAAGGUCAUUAUUCAAAGACCUGCAACUUUCUCUUUCAAGGAUAGUAAGAAAGUUCCUUGGAAAUAUGAGUGUAGCACAACCAUCCCGGGAAAGGAGAUUUUAACUAGUACUGCGGAGAAUGAUCAAGAUAUAGGUUUUCACACGCGUAGUGAGAAGCGCUACGAUUUGAUAAACCCCCACAUAGAGCCGACAAUGGAAGAAGCUUUGGCAGAAAAGCAAAAGAGAGGGAAAGCAAUCGAGCCCGAACUAUCGAUCAAUGAGCCAAUAAAAGAAGAAGCUAAGGAAUUCUUAAAAUUCCUGAAACAUAGUGAAUACAGUGUUGUAGAGCAACUGCACAAACAACCAGCCCGCAUUUCUGUAUUAGCUUUGCUCUUAAGCUCAGAAGUACAUCGAAAGGCACUGAUGAAAGGUGCUGACAAUUUCAUCUUCUUCAAUGAUGUUGAAAUACCAUCUGGAGGAAGGGGUUCUACUAAAGCUUUGCUCGUUACUACCCGAUGCAAAGGGUACAUAUUGCCAGGGGUCUUGGUUGAUAAUGGAUCUGCACUGAAUGUAUUACCUUUAUCGACUCUUAGUCGGCUACCGGUGGACAGUUCACACAUGAAAGCCUGUCAGAGCAUAGUAAAGGCAUUUGAUGGAACAAAAAAGAGUGUUAUGGAGAGAAUGGAGGUACCGUUAAAGAUUGACCCAAUUACUCAUGAGGUGGACUUCUUGAAGGUGAAGUUAGUAUCAGAGGGUCGUUUGAUAACAAUAAAUGCGGAGGAGGAUAUCAUCGCAACAGUAACUGGUGAUGCACCUUAUGUGGAAAUCGAUGAGGAGGCAACGGAUUAUUCAUUUCGGUCAUUAGAAUUCGUGAACGCGAUGUUUGUUGCUGAAGGAAGCAGAAUUUCGGUACCAAAAAUAUCCAAGACUAUGAAGAUGGGUCUGCAGUUGAUGGUAGGAAUGGGAGCAUUGCCAAGAAGAGGUUUGGAAAGGUAUCUACAGGGAAGAAUUGAGACACCAGUACUGAAGGACAAGUUUGAUCGCUUUGGCCUGGGCUACAGACCAGACAUGAAACAAAAGAAGGAAAUAGAAAAGAGACAGGAGAGAAGAAGGGCACGUUUGAGCAGAAAAGAGGGUGGGUUUAUCCAUCCUAAGCGUGGGGUGCCCAGAAGCGAAGACAUUGAAGAGAUGUUGGAAAAUGUUCAUAUCAAUGCUAUAGAAACAAUAGAGAAAAGGGCCUUGGAGAUCUGCCCUUGCGAACCGGGGAGCGAGCUAAACAAUUGGACUGUGGAAGAAAUCUCUGUAGUCUUUAGGGCUUAUUCAGAGUCCUCAGAUAUCAAUGACAUGAGUGACGCUACUUCAAACACGGAGCCUCUGUUCGAGGAAGACAUGUGUUUAGAGGGAUCUCACGACUUUGGAAAUGACGAAGAUUGUUGUGUAUCUCCGGACUUGUUGAGAAUGGUGGAACAAGAGGAUAAGCAUAUCCUACCUUAUAAGGAGUCAUUGGAAAUCCUCAGGCUUAACCUGGUAAAAUGCACGUUUGGAGCCAGAUCAGAGAAGUUGUUAGGCUUCAUAGUUAGUAGAAAGGGGAUUGAGGUUGACCCAGAUAAAGUUAAAGCAAUACGAGAUUUACCUCCUCCGCGCACUCAGAAGGAAGUUCAAGGUUUCCUUGGAAGAUUGAAUUACAUUGCUCGGUUCAUCUCACAACUGACAGAGAAAUGUGAUCCAGUAUUCUGUCUUCUGAAGAAGCAUAAUUCGGGUGAAUAG